UUCUAGCAGCCCUUCUUCCUCCACUUUAAAACCUUUCCCCUGAUUUACUCGUUAUAUAAACACCAGUAAAUCAGAUUAGAUUUACACCUUAGUUUCUUCUUGCAUUUAUACUUUUACAAGUUUUUUUAUCGUAUGGACGCAUUUUAAUCCUGGAGUAGAUAAGGUAAGAAAAGCGUAUGGGACGGAACGUAUUUUCCCCAGUCUACUAUGGAUGAGGAGAGAGAGGAGGGGGUCCCUACCUCUAAGACCACUCUGUCUGGGGAACAUGGCCGCCGGAGCAAAGCUAAGAGGCCAGAGCAGCAGGAGAGAACAGAAUCCCCUGGACCCAGCCGUGUCUCCAUGAAGAGCAUACGUAACCUGUUUAGAAAAAAGGAGCAAAUUCAUGAACAAGGAAGACUCCAGCAGCAGAGAGCAGACACCCCUGGACCCAGCUGUGUCUCCACGAAGAGUUACUGGUCUAUGGAACAACGUCAUAACUUUAAAGAUGGAAAUCACCAACCUUCUAAGGAAAGACAACACCAGGAGUGGUUAAUGGUUACCAGUGCUCAGUCUGUACAGCAGCAUCAAACAGAGCUGAUCAAGAGGGCUGAGGAGAACGCACACACUUUUCUAGACAAGGAGUUGAAGAAGCUCUGGAGGGAUCUCUUCUCAGAUUACCCACAAUGCUCAGAGAGUCAGAGGGAGGGAGAGGAGGUGGAUGGUGAGAAGCUGGAGCAGAGGAGGCGCGCCAUAGAGGGAGUGGUGCACAUCACAAUACUCUCCCUGAUGGAGAUGAACAAGAAGGGACUGGCCGACAAACUGUUGAGCGGAUAUGCUGCUGUCGAGUGCCAACAUAAAAUCAAGUCACGUUUGAGGAAGAAGUUCUGGUGUGUGUUUGAGGGAAUCGCUAAAGCAGGACAUUCAACACCUCUGAAUGAGUUUUACACAGAGAUCUUCAUCACAAAGAGAGGCAGUGGAGAGGUCAACCAGGAACAUGAGGUCAGGCUGAUUGAAGCAGCUUCCAGGAAACCAGCCGAGGAGGAAACACCAAUCAGAUGUGAGGACAUCUUUAAACCAUUACCUGGAGAAGAUAAACCAAUCAGGACAAUAAUGACAACGGGAGUGGCCGGCAUUGGUAAAACCAUCUUAACAAAAAAGUUCACUCUGGACUGGGCUGAAGGAAAAACCAACCACGACAUAAACUUCACAUUUCUCCUCACCUUCAGAGAGCUGAAUUUACUGAAAGGGAAAGAGUUUAGCUUUGUGGAACUUCUUCAUCACUUCUUUAUUGAGACCAAAGAAGCAGGAAUUUGCAGAUACGACAGGUUCCAAAUAGUCUUAAUUUUGGAUGGUCUGGAUGAGUGUCGACUUCCUCUGGACUUCCAGAACAACCCGAUCUGUAAUGAUGUCACAAAGUCCACCUCGGUGGACGUGCUGCUGACAAACCUCAUCAGGGGCGACCUGCUACCCUCUUCUACCAUCUGGAUAACCACACGCCCUGCGGCAGCCAAUCAGAUCCCUGCUGAGUGUAUUGACAUGUUGACAGAGGUGAGAGGGUUCACCGACCCACAGAAGGAGGAUUACUUCAGGAAGAGAUUCAAAGACGAGAUGCUGGCCAGCACAAUCAUCUCCCACGUCAAGAAAUCACGAAGCCUCCACAUCAUGUGUCACAUCCCAGUCUUCUGUUGGAUCACUGCUAGAGUUCUGGAGGACUACUUCAAAACAUCCCAGAUAGAAGAAGAGACGCCCAAGACCGUGACUCAGAUGUACAGCCACUUCCUGAGGGUUCUGUCCAUAGAGGGGGACAGGAAGUAUCGUUCGAUAGCUGAAACAGAUUCACAAUGGAGUUCACAGAGCAGGCACAUCAUUGAUUCUCUGGGAAAACUGGCUUUUAACCAGCUGGAGAGUGGCAACCUGAUCUUCUACGAGGACGACCUGGCAGACUGUAAAUAUUAUUUCAACGAAGCCUCAGUGUACUCAGGAGUGUUCACCGAGAUCUUUAAAGAGGAGUGUGGGCUGUACUCAGGUGAGAAGUUGUUCUGCUUUGUCCAUUUGAGCAUCCAGGAGUUUCUGGCUGCCCUUUAUGUAUUUCGGUCCUUCGUCCACAAGGGUGUCAAUCUGCUCUCAGAAAAACAACCAACCUUGGGUGAAGAUAAACUCCUCCUCUUCUACCAGAGUGCUGUGGACCAGGCCUUGCAGAGGGAGAACGGACACCUAGACUUGUUCCUCCGCUUCCUCCUGGGCCUCUCUCUGGAGGCCAAUCAGAAUGUCCUACGAGGUCUGCUGGGACAGACAGGGAGUAGAAAAACGUUCACUCAGUUUAAACAAAGUAUGCUGAGACAGAAAAGAAGUAGCUCACAGACCAACAAGGAUACCGUGUCUUACAUCAAGAAGAAGAUAGAUGGUGGAGAUCUCUCUCCAGAGAGAAGCAUCAAUCUGUUCCACUGUCUGAAUGAGCUGAACGACCGUUCUCUAGUGGAGGAGAUCCAGCAGUUCCUGACAUCCGGAAGUCUCUCCAGAAAAUCUCUGUCUCCUGCUCAGUGGUCAGCUCUGGUCUUCAUCUUACUGUCAUCAGAAGAGGAGCUGGACGUGUUUGACCUGAAGAAAUACUCUGCUUCUGAGGAGGGUCUUCUGAGGCUGCUGCCAGUGGUCAAAGCCUCCAAAACAUCUCUAAGGCUGAAUAGCUGUGGUCUGUCAGAGAGAAGCUGUGAAGCUCUGGCCUCAGUUCUCUGCUCCGACUCCUCUAGUCUGAGAGAGCUGGACCUGAGUACCAAUGAUCUGCAGGAUUCAGGAGUGAAGCUGCUCUCUGCUGGACUGGGGAGUCCACACUGUACACUGGAAACUCUCAGGCUGAAUGGCUCUCAUCUGUCAGAGAGAAGCUGUGAAGCUCUGGCCUCAGUUCUCAGCUACAACUCCUCUAGUCUGAGAGGGCUGGACCUGAGUAACAAUGAUCUGCAGGAUUCAGGAGUGAAGCUGCUCUCUGCUGGACUGGGGAGUCCACACUGUAUACUGGAAACGCUCAGCUUGUCUGGCUGCCUGGUCACACAGGAAGGCUGUGCUUCUCUGGCCUCAGCGCUGAGCUCCAACCCCUCCCAUCUGAGAGAGCUGGACCUGAGCUACAAUCACCUAGGAGACUCUGGAGCUACGCUGCUUUCUGCUAGACUAGAGGAUCCACGCUGGAGACUGGACACUCUCAGUGUGGAGCACGGUGGAGUGUGGAGGCUGAAACCAGCUCUAAAGAAGUAUGCCUGUGACCUCACACUGGACCCCAACACGGCCCACAGACACCUCUCUCUGUCUGAGGACAACAGGAAGGUGACGUGGGUUGGAGAGGACCAGUGGUAUCCGGAUCACCCAGAGAGAUUUGACUCCCAGCCCCAGGUGUUGGGUAGAGAGGCUCUGACUGGCCGCUGUUACUGGGAGGUAGAGUGGGAAGGAUGGGUUUAUAUAGGAGUGACAUACAGAGGAAUCACAAGGAGAGGAGGGGGUGGUGACAGCUGGCUUGGAGGGAACAACAAGUCAUGGAGGCUUGAUUGUUAUGAUGGUCGUUACUCUGCCCGGUACAACGGUACAGAGACAGUCCUCCGUCUCCCCCCCGCUGGCUCCACUAGAGUAGGACUGUAUCUGGACCGGCCUGCUGGCUCUCUGUCCUUCUACAGAGUGUCCCCAGGUGGAGGAGGGUCCUCAGACACACUGACACACCUCCACACCUUCUGGUCCUCCUUCACCCAGGAGGACCUCCUCCCGGGGGUUAGGGUAGGGCGGGGGUCCUCAGUGACUCUGUGUCGGUUGUAGAAAAAAAAAACGGCCCCGGGGCUCAGUCAGUCAGUUGUCGAAAAAUGGGGGGGGGGGGGGUCAGCGGAGUGCCUCAGACUCAGUGUAGUAAAAAAAGAAAGUGCAGCCCCCUCCGCCUCGGCACACGCACGCACGCACGUACGCACACACACACAUACACACAUAAACGUUCACACACACAUAAAAAAAACACAUACUCGCACACACAUAGGGCCCUAUGUUUGGGGCCCUAUGUGAAAAGCGCAAGUAGCUUUGUGGGCGGUUCUACGGCGCUAUCGCUAUUUUACAGGCGGAUAAAUGACACUUGCGUCGCGGCGCAAGUGUCAAAAGGGUUGGUCUGAAGCAGCCUAGUUACCUGUAGGUGUGGUUUGGGCGUAACGUCCAACAAACCAAUGAGAGUGCCAGCUCCCAACCCCCUUUAAGAGCCAUGAGCGCAUUUUAAUAGGACGAGUUGAUAUUUUGACAGCGCGGCUGCAGUCUCCGAUGAGACAGAUGCACAUGAAUUUCAAACUGCAAAUGGCUCAGUUUAUUGCCAAAUAAUAUGGCCUAAUUCACACAUGGAAUAAGUGGUUUUCUUCCACAACUUCAGAAAUACUGAGUCCUCAAAUAAAUGUAUAUGAUAUAACAUAUGAUAUGCGGUAACUGUGGUUCUAUUUAAUGAUAUACGCAAUACAUUAUAAACAUUGUUUCUUAUCAGUAUUGUAUGCUAUCCUAAUAUGCAUGUGUCCCCGCGGUAAUGGACAUUGCCAUUGAUUGUAUUAUGCGUUGCGUGUUUAGUUUGCGUGUGUUUAAAUAGAGCGCACACGCACGCCCGCAUUCAUUCAUUCUUUUUAACACUCACUCGCGGUAAAACAAUGUUUUUCACGAUCAAAUACUCAUCAAUCCUAAAAGUUAUGGGCAUGUAGGCCUACACGAUGUCUGUGUCAAGAAAAUAUGCGUUUGCUGUACGGUGUUUGCAGAUGCAUUGAUUUAAAAGUACAACUUAUUACCGCCGAAUCAGCUGUUCUUUCCCAAAUAAUUUACCAAGAAUGUGCGGCUAGGUAGAUGGGAGAAGCAAAGUGUAUAAGCGAAGUGCACAAGCAAUCCGUAUGCAUCGUAUGCGCAUGUAUGCAUGCGCCCUUAAAAUAGCAUCUGAACAACGCGCCACUGACUUUAAACCAGGUAUUUCCUGGUCAGUAGCGCAAUGGUAUUCAGAAACGGCAAAAUACAGUUUGCGCCAGAACACGCCUCCUCCUUCCGCCGAACCACCCCUUGGGGCGCAUGAUCAAUCCCUAAUUUACCGGCGGGUGGCGGUGGUGGGAAAAGAACGCUCUGCGCCAGUUGUAAACUAGCAACGACACAUGCGCCAGUGACUAAGUCACUUGCGCCGGAUGCAAGAUAGGGCCCAUAGUCUCUCUCUCUCUUUCUCUCUCUCUCUCUCUCUCUCUC